CCCGAGCUCCCCGCGGCUGCCUCCGCGCCCCGCGGUGGAGUUCAUUCUCCUAAAGCUGUCAUUUCUCUUCCGGGACGUUCGCGUGCCACAUGUUUGUUGCCCACGAAGGUGGGGAGGAGGCACGCUGGUUCGCCUUCCAGAGGCGCCGUUCUCGGACUGAGGAUGGGCUCUUCAGGAACUUUGAGCUCUCUGGAGCCUCCUGCAACGUGCUCUCUCAGCUUCCCAGUGUGCACAGCUACAGGUCAUUUCAUGAACUGUGGGUACCCAUGGAUGUGGCCGAGAGCCCUGAACAGGACCCUCGCUCUCCAGAGGACGAAGAAGAGGAGCAGCAGGGGCUCUCGGACGAUGACAUUCUGAGAGAAAGUGGGUCUGAACAGGAUUUGGACAGAGCUGUGGGGCGGGCUUCUGAUUUGGAGGAUGAGGAGAAUGCUGCCCUGGGACUGAGUCAGGAGGAAGAGGAGAGCCGCUCCGAUGAGGAGGACCAGGACCAGGACUCGGAGCCGCAGGAGCCGAACAGGGGCCCUCCGAGCCCCCCACGUGCGGGGGGUGGGGGGGAGGAAGACCGCACAAGUGAUUUGAGGGACGAGGCCUCCUCAGUCACCAGGGAACUGGACGAGCAUGAGUUAGACUACGAUGAGGAGGUCCCCGAAGAGCCAGCCCCCGCUGGGCAGGAGGACGAGGCCGAGAAGGCGGGAGCCGAGGAGGACGAUGAGAAGGGAGAAGGUGCCCCCGGGGAGGAGGGGAAGGCCAGCGCCCACAGCGUGGAGGAAAAGGAGCCCCCGGAGGCUGCCAAGGAGAGGAAAAAAGAGGACGACGAUGGAGAGAUUGAUGACGGGGAGAUCGACGAUGAUGAUCUGGAAGAGGGCGAAGUAAAGGACCCCAGUGACAGGAAGGUGAGGCCUCGUCCCACCUGCCGAUUCUUCAUGAAAGAUGUUGUGACACCAUUAUCCACUCUUCUUCCACCAAUAUCAAAUUCCAUACCAUUCAGAGACCAGGUUAAAGGGAACUGUACCUGGGGAAUGAAUUGUAGGUUUAUACACCCUGGAGUCAACGACAAAGGCAACUACUCCCUAAUCACCAAAGCCGAACCUUUCCCGCCUAACGGUGCCCCGCCUCUUGGACCUCACCCACUGAUGCCUGCCAACCCUUGGGGUGGGCCAGUAGUUGAUGAAAUUUUGCCUCCACCACCUCCAGAACCCCCCACAGAGAGUGCCUGGGAACGAGGACUUCGGCAUGCGAAGGAGGUUUUAAAAAAAGCAACCAUUCGAAAAGAACAGGAGCCUGAUUUUGAAGAGAAAAGGUUUACUGUGACUAUUGGUGAAGACGAACGGGAGUUUGACAAAGAAAAUGAAGUUUUCCGAGAUUGGAAUUAUCGAAUUACAAGAGAUGUCAGAGAUACAGCACUUGAGCCUUAUGCAGAUCCUUAUUAUGACUAUGAAAUAGACCGGUUCUGGCGUGGCGGGCAGUAUGAGAAUUUCAGGGUGCAAUAUACAGAAACAGAACCUUACCACAAUUACCGGGAACGGGAAAGGGAAAGAGAGCGAGAGAACAGACAGCGAGAGCGCGAGCGGGAACGGGAGCGAGACCGAGAGCGUGAGCGCCGGCAGCGGGAGCGCGAGCGGGAGCGAGAGCGGGAGCGCGACAAGGAGCGGCAGCGGAGGAAAGAGGAGUGGGAGCGAGAGCGAGCCAAGCGGGACGAGAAGGACAGACAGCACAGAGAUCGAGACAGAGAGAAAGAGCGGGAGAAGGAAAAGGAGAAGCCAAAGCCCCGCUCCCCGCAGCCACCAAGCCGUCAAGCUGAGCCACCAAAGAAGGAGGCAGCCUCCACCGGGCCACAGGUGAAGCGAGCAGAUGAGUGGAAAGACCCUUGGCGCCGGUCCAAGUCUCCCAAGAAGAAACUUGGGGUAUCAGUCUCCCCCAGCCGUGCACGAAGGCGUCGAAAAACAUCAGCCUCAUCAGCCUCUGCCUCCAAUUCCUCCAGGUCGUCUUCACGGUCCUCGUCCUACUCUGGCUCUGGUUCUUCCCGGUCUCGGUCCCGGUCCUCAUCCUACAGCUCCUACUCUAGCCGGUCUUCCAGACACAGCUCCUUCUCAGGCAGCCGGUCCAGGUCCCGGUCCUUUUCUUCGUCCCCCUCCCCGUCACCGACGCCUUCCCCACACAGACCUGUCAGAACCAAGGGGGAGCCAGUUCUGCCUCCUGGGAAAGCAGGAGAGAAGGUGAUGAAGAAGCCAGCCCCACCUCCAGCCCCACCACAGGCCCCCAAGACCACUGCCCCCACCCUUGAGCCUGCCAAGCCAGGAGACCCUCGUGAAGCCAGGAGGAGGGAGCGCCAAGCCAGGACCCCCCCCAGGAGGCGGACCAUCAGUGGCAGUGGCAGCGGCAGCAGCUACAGCGGUUCUAGUUCCAGAUCCAGGUCCCUGAGCGUGAGCAGCGUCUCCUCAGUGUCCAGUGCCACGUCGAGCAGCAGCUCGGUGCACAGUGUAGACUCGGACGACAUGUACGCAGACCUGGCCAGUCCUGUGUCCUCAGCCAGCUCACGGUCCCCCACCCCAGCCCAGACCAAGAAGGAGAAAGGAAAAUCUAAAAAAGAAGAUGGCGUUAAAGAGGAUAAGCGGAAAAGGGAUUCAUCCACACUGCCACCCAAAUCCUCAAAAUCUUCCGCAGGCAGUAAAUCCUCCCAGCAACCCACAACCCCCCAGCAGGCACCCCCCGGGCAGCCCCAGCAGGGUACAUUUGUGGCACACAAGGAGAUCAAGUUGACAUUGCUGAACAAGGCUGCUGAUAAAGGAAGCAGGAAGCGAUAUGAGCCCUCAGACAAGGACAGGCAAAGCCCUCCAGCCAAGCGGGCCAACUUAUCCCCAGACCGAGGUUCUCGGGACCGGAAGUCAGGGGGGAGACUCGGCUCCCCCAAGCCAGAGCGGCAGAGGGGCCAGAAUUCCAAGGCUCCCUUGGCCCUGCCAGACAGGAAGCGUCAACUGUCGCCACAGUCCAAGAGCUCCAGCAAGGUCACAAGUGUGCCUGGUAAAGUCUCAGACGCCGGUACGGCCGCCUCCACAGGCACCAAAUCAGGGAAGGCCAGCACGCUGUCAAGGCGGGAGGAGCUCCUAAAACAGCUCAAAGCCGUGGAGGACGCCAUUGCUCGCAAGCGGGCCAAGAUUCCCGGGAAAGUGUAAUGGGCCCUGCGGGCUCGGCUCCCCUACCAGAGGCAAAGACUCAUGUGUUUUUAUAAAUAGGGUAAGCGCAGCCAUUUUGGAUUUUGCAGUUAAUGUCUUAUUUUGGCUGUGAUUCUUUUUAAAAAUUAAAAAAGAAAAAAAAAGUUUCUCAGCUGGAAAAGAAGCCACACACAAGUAAUGAAGAUGACGCUGAACCUCAGCCUUCUCCCAACCACACUGACCAGUCCCUUCCCAGAGCAGAGACAGACAGGCAGGCAGAUAGCACCAAGCGAGGACAUGGCACAGUUUUAUGUAAAUUUUAAGUCCCAGGUGCCGGGAUCAGCCAGCCCAUACAUUUUUCCUCCCCGUCUUCUUUUCCUCCCUCUGCUAGUCAGGCGAGUUCGCGCCCUGCUGUGUGCCGUGUCCUCACCAUGCGGCCCUCCUACUGUGGACAGGAACACCGAGUGCUACUGAGCAACCUCUCCCCCGUCCCUGCCCUUCCCCAGGAUCAAAAAAAUAUAUAUAUUCUUGACUAAAGUCUGACUGGGAAAUAUUUCCUGUCUUUUAUUUUAAGCAUCAAAUUGUUUUAGUUGAUUUGAAAAUGAAAAAAAAUACAGAAAAGACCAAAAAAAAAGGCCAAGGGUAUUGUUGGGCGUCUGUCUAAUGUGGAGGGUCUUUUUUUGAGGGGUCUCCUAAAAUAAAAUAUUUUGAUAAGCA